AUGGAAGCAAUGCAUCCGCGAUGCGACAACCGUGGACAUUGUGUCGCGAUAGGAUUGACCGUAAUAGUCGCCUUGGCCAUUGGAAUCUGGUUUGCUUGGCUUCUUAGAAGGAUAAGGCGAGCCAAACUCAAGAAGGCGUUCGUCAAGCGGAAUGGCGGUUUGUUAUUCCAGCAGAUCGCUUCACAGGAUGGCACAACCGUAAAGGCCGAAAUUUUCACGUCAGAGGAGCUAGAGCGAGCGACAGACAACUUCAGCGAGAGCAGAAUGCGCGGGAAGGGAGGUUCUGGUACAGUUUACAAAGGAAUGCAGUCCGAUGGAAGAAUAGUCGCCAUAAAGAAGUCCCAUUUGAUGCACGAGAAACAAGCCGAUCAGUUCACCGACGAGGUCGUUGUCCUCUCUGAGAUAAACCACCGGAACAUCGUGAAGCUGUUAGGAUGUUGUCUUGAGACAGAGGUCCCUCUACUAGAACUCCAUGGCAAGGAUUGCUCUUUUUGCAUAUCUUGGAAAGUUCGCGUAAACAUCGCACUCGAAAUUGCCGGAGCGCUGGCUUAUUUGCAUUCGGCCACAUCUAUGCCGAUCUUCCAUCGGGACAUCAAAUCGAGCAACAUACUCUUGGACAGUAACUACGGCACGAAGAUAUCGGACUUUGGGAUUUCCAGGUCGAUCCCGCUGGAGAAAACUCAUGUGACUACGGGAUUGCAAGGGACAUUCGGCUAUCUGGACCCCGAGUUCUUCCACUCGAGACAGUUCACGGACAAGAGCGACGUCUACAGCUUCGGACUGGUUCUGUUAGAGCUCUUGACAGGAGAGAGGGCCAUGUCCAGAAGUAAAGUCAAAGUAGAAGACAAAAGCCUAGUGCUGAACUUCAUUGCGGCGACGAAAGAGAAUCGUCUGUACGAUAUCCUGGACGACCGGAUCCGGCAUGAAGUCACCGACAAGGAGUUCUCGGGCUUGGCGAUGCUCGCAAAGAGGUGUCUCAAAUUUAACGGGAAGAAGCGGCCGACCAUGAAAGAAGUCGCCAUCGAUCUUGAGAGGAUUAGCAGACUAUCAUCUCUCUUUGGCCCGUGCUAACCAGAG